CCCUUUUGGAAGAGAGCAGAAAAUGAUGAUGAAGUCCCAGGGGUUAGUAUCAUUCAAGGACGUGGCUGUGGAUUUCACCCAAGAGGAGUGGCAGCAACUGGACAUUGCACAGCGGACUCUGUACAGAGAUGUGAUGCUAGAGAAUUACAGCCACCUGGUAUCCAUGGGGUAUCCCGUUUCCAAACCAGAUGUUAUUUCCAAGUUGGAACAAGGAGAAGAACCAUGGAUCAUAAAGAGAGACAGACCAAAUUGGAUCUAUCCAGGUGAAGAUCAGGCAGAUGGGAGACAAGGGAAGAGUAACCGUCACAACUCCCAGUCAUGUAUUCUGGGGAAAGUUUCUUUCCAUAAUAAGAUGCUGAAAGGAGUCACAAAGGCUGGUUCAUUGUACUCCAUUUUAAAAGUCUGUCAAGGUGAUGACCAGCUGCAGAGAUGUCAGGAAACCCAAGACAAAUUUUUCAGGCAAAUCACAUUCAUCAACAGCAAAACGGUGACUGAGGCAUCAGGCCAUAAAUGUGAUCCACUGGGGAAAGUAUUUCAAGAGUGCAUAGAGCUAGAGACAUCAAGACAGAGACUCCAUAAAUAUGAUGCUUUAAAAAGCAACUUAAAACUGAAUAUUGACCUACCUAGUUGUAAUAAGAGCAAUUCAAGAAAAAACCAUGAUGAGAAUUUUGGAUGUGGAAAAUCAUCUAAGCACAAUGAGUCCAAUUCUAAUCUUGAGAAAAUUCACAAUGGAGUAAUACCCCAUGAUGAUAAUCAGUGUGGAAACAUUUUCAGCAAUAAACAAUCCCUUGUUCAAUAUCAGAAUGUUGAAACUAGGGAGAAAACCUGUGUCUGUAUCACAUGUGGAAAAGCCUUUGCUAAGAAGUCACAGCUCAUUGUACAUCAGAGAAUUCAUACUGGAAAGAAACCUUAUGAUUGUGGUGCUUGUGGAAAAGCCUUCAGUGAGAAGUUUCAUCUUGUUGUACACCAGAGAACUCAUACUGGGGAGAAACCCUAUGAUUGCUCUGAAUGUGGAAAAGCCUUUUCUCAGAAAUCAUCCCUCAUUAUACAUCAGAGAGUUCACACUGGGGAAAAGCCAUAUGAGUGUAGUGAAUGUGGGAAAGCCUUCUCCCAGAAAUCACCCCUCAUUAUACAUCAGAGAAUACAUACUGGGGAAAAGCCAUAUGGAUGUAGAGAGUGUGGAAAGGCCUUCUCCCAGAAGUCACAGCUGAUUAUACAUCACAGAGCCCACACUGGAGAGAAGCCAUAUGAGUGUGCCGAAUGUGGGAAAGCCUUCUGUGAGAAGUCCCACCUCAUUAUACAUAAAAGAAUUCACACCGGUGAAAAGCCCUACAAAUGUGCUCAGUGUGAGGAAGCAUUCAGCAGGAAGACAGAACUCAUUACGCAUCAGUUGAUUCAUACUGGGGAGAAACCCUAUGAAUGUACCGAAUGUGGGAAGACAUUCUCCCGGAAGUCACAGCUCAUCAUACACCAGAGAACACACACUGGGGAGAAACCCUACAAAUGCAGUGAAUGUGGAAAAGCCUUCUGUCAGAAAUCACAUCUGAUUGGACAUCAGAGAAUUCACACGGGAGAAAAACCUUAUAUAUGUACUGAAUGUGGGAAAGCCUUCUCUCAGAAAUCUCACCUCCCAGGGCAUCAGCGAAUUCAUACAGGAGAGAAACCUUACAUAUGUGCAGAAUGUGGAAAGGCCUUUUCCCAGAAGUCAGACCUUGUUUUACAUCAGAGAAUUCAUACUGGGGAAAGACCCUAUCGGUGUGCUGUAUGUGGGAAGGCCUUCAUCCAGAAGUCACAACUCACGGUACAUCAGAGAAUUCAUACAGAUGUAAAGUCGUAAUCCACUGACCACAGAAAAGCCUUCAGUAUUAGUUCAAGCCUUAAUAAUUACUAGAAACCUGAUGAGUUUGGUAAACCUGGGGAUGGCGGCUCUAGAUAAAAUUGUAAGGGACUUUAUGGUUCUAGUGUGGCGAUGCGUUUUUCAGCAAAGAUUAUAGAAAAUAAUUCUAUAUAUGAAGGACACUUUUAACAUGGCAUAUAAAGCUUUUAAAGUUAUGAGCUAAAUGAUCAGUAGGGCAAGCCAUAUAUGCAAAAUAUUGUCAAGUUACAUGUUUUUUAUUAUAUUACCUAACCAUAAUCAGACAAUGCAAAAUAGCUAAUAUUAGCUUGGUAUAAUUGUGGCCACACAGUAAUUUUCUAUAAACAUAGAAGAAAACUUGAGUAAAGAAGAAAGUAAAACAUCAACUCCUAGAAACUCAUUUUAAAAAUUGGCUUGAGCAUGACCUCUAAAGCUACAUGUAAUAUUCUUAUACAAAGAUGGAAAGAUUGGGUUCAUCAGAUUCAGUUAAGUUGGCAUGUAUGCAUUUUCCCAUCUUAAGUGUAUACAUUGACCUGCUUCUGGAAGGGCCCGGGACCUUGAAUUUGACGCAUUUUGAACAUAUCUCCAUUUUAUUCUCCACAACCGGGAACUUGUUGUGGUAGAAAGACUUUGUUACUGAAGCCAAAUGCUCUUGGGUUUCAAUCCUGGCUCAACAACUCACAGAUUAAGUGACUUCCAGCAAGACUGUUUCACCAGUCUUAAUAUUUUUGAUCAGCAGAUAAAAGUACAACAUAGAGCACAUUUCUCAGUUAAUAUUAGUUCUUUUAAAAUCUUUCCUCUCUCCUACAACAGGAUGCUGAGUCUCAUGUGUAAAACCACAUAUGAACUUUCUUUGCCCUCCGGAUGCUCUGCUUUUGAUCGCCCACCCCAUGACUGGCCCAUUUUACUGUCUCUGACUCUGGUGGCCUUAUUUUUGCUGUUAGAUUAUCAUUUUUAAUACUUUUAAUUUGUGUUUACAUGCACUUAUAAACCACCGUGAUUGCACAUAAAGACCCUG